CAAACUCCAUAUAAUUGAGUUCUGACUCUCGAGUAACUCGGUACCUCCUCGGUGGUACGAACAUUUAAACAAUUUCAUUUUAUUUGGUUACACCAUUUUCUUUAACAUUACAUUGUUUUGCUGUCUUCUUAUUGAGCCACGCUUUACGAGGUAGUUGCAUCAUGGGUCGUCGUAAGCAGCAUGGUGAAAAAUCAAGAGUUGUGGAAGACAAGAAUUCUGCAUCAAUGAAAAUCAUAAAUCAGUCUGCUCUCGGGAUAAGGUCACUUUCUUCGUUACCGAUCGACGUUAUGUCUCGAAUUUCAUAUCCGUUUGUAAAAUCUUUCGAAAAAUACGGAACUAUUAACGACGUGCAGGAAGAUACAAUUGAAUUUGACUAUCAGCCGAGAUUUGUAUUCUCGUGCAAUUCCUGUCUGUGCUGCAUGAAAAGUUGCAGCGACGGAAUCGUGUGCCAAUUUUGUCAGAUGGUUGUUUAUUGUACGGAGAAGCAUAAGAAGGAAAACUUGAAAAAGCACGAAGAAAUUUGUAAAAUAUUUACGGAAGUGUGUAUAAAAAAUGGUGGUCUUUCAUUGGCGGAAAACACGAGGGGAGAUGAUUACAGAAUUUUACGAGUAAAAUUGAUUGAAAAAAUUCAAAAUUCAGCAAGACGCCCGUUGAGUCUUUGGGAAAAGGAAAUUAUAUUGUAUCCGAGAGUUUGUGCAAAGUGUCAUCGUUUUGGAAAUGACUUAAAGCCUUGUUCACAUUGCGAAAUGGUACUUCAUUGUGCAGGGCACGAGAACGAACAUUUAAAAUGGUGUCCCGAGUACAGACUGUAUCAAAAGAUACUAUCCAUGCAAUACAAACACGGCAACGUAAAUCCUGACAUUCCUAACGUGAUUUGCGAAGACUCAAAAAUUUUACCAAACAAUUUUGAUUCUUUUAUUUUUGAAAUUUACUCCUCGUCCUUGUAUUAUCGUAUUAUGGAUUGUUACACGUAUGCCACUUUGUCACACGUGAGCACAGUACCGUUAACCUCACUUUACGCUUUUCAAAAAUCCCGCGCUAAUUGGUCGACCAAUGACAGCUGCACGAUACACGUGGUAGGCGCGGAGUUUCAAUUCGAAGGAUUAAAUCUGCACGUGUGGGAAAAGCUUUUUAUGCAUCUACAGCCAAAUUUGAAAAGUCUUCACAUAGUACUCACGGGUCCAGAACUUUACGUACCGGAUGUGCCUUUGGAUCUUCUUGGCAAAGUUCCACUGUGCAGUAGAUGCAGAAAGUCCAGUCGUAAAAUUAAAGUUUCCUAUGUAUCACGUAAACUUUAUCACGAAUAUUGUAGAACGUCCGACGAUUAUGUCAAACCGGAUUUAAUUUGUCUGUUUAAUCCUGGAUUGUAUCGCCUCACUGGUUAUAACGGAACUGACACGUGGCCGGAAACUAUUCGAGAAGCUUGCAAUUCAACAGCUCCUAUAGUUGUCACGGCUUAUACGGAACACGAAAUUCCUCGAGAUAUCGAAAGAAUUCAAUCGAUUUGUGACAUGUCGUUUAUUUUGAAACCACAGAGGAAUCCAUAUGCCAGUUUAAAACCGGACAGGAAUUUCGUGAGUGACGAUACCGUACCACUUAUUUAUAAAAAUUAUUAUAUCAGUAUUGUUAAGAAAUGUUUAUAAGUCAAGUAUUGAUUUCCCCCGGCAUAAUAAACUUACCUGCGAAUGUAGAGAAUUUGAAAAAGAAAU